ACCACUAACCAAAACCAACCCAUUAUCCCACUAAACCCACCACGUCUCCCUCUCUCUCUCUGGUUUUUCUCAAUAUUUUCAUAUUUGGGUUGCUACCCAUUUUCUCUCUCUAGCCAAAGCUUUAUUCUUCAACAUUCUCGCUCUUGCUUCGUUGGGUUUCUUCAGAAGUUUGAAGGGUACUGUUUCUUCAAAAUUUUUUCCCUUUUUUAGCUACUUGGAACUUUGUUCUUCAAAAUUAUACUGUUUGUCUUUCAUAUUCGCUGUUCCAUUUUUUCCGAGUCCAAAAAGUUUUUUUUUUUGGCUUUAAAUCUUAAAGUACAGUAUUUUCAUUGUUUGCUCUGCUUGAGCAAAGUCCUCUUCUUCAAUGGGUGCGUCAGGAAAAUGGGUAAAAUCUCUAAUAGGUCUCAAAAAGUCAGAUAAAGAAGAAAAUGAGAAGAUGGGUAAGAGCAAGAAAUGGAAGCUAUGGAGAAGCUCUUCUGGAGACUUAGGAUCUUCAUGGAAAGGUUUCAAAGGAAGUAACAAGGCAGCAUCUGAAGCAUCAGGAUCUUCACCGAUGACUGAUGCUUUUAGUGCUGCAAUGGCAACCGUAGUUCGAGCCCCUCAAAAAGGUUUCAGGGUUGUUAGGCAAGAAUGGGCUGCAAUCCGGAUUCAAACAGCAUUUCGUGGAUUCCUGGCGAGAAGGGCUUUGAGAGCCUUGAAAGGAGUGGUAAGGCUUCAAGCUCUGGUUCGAGGUCGACAAGUAAGGAAGCAAGCUGCAGUGACACUUAGGUGUAUGCAGGCUCUUGUUCGAGUUCAGGCUCGAGUCAGGGCUCGCCGUGUGCGCAUGUCCAUAGAAGGACAGGCUGUGCAGAAAAUGCUUGAUGAAAGGAGAAGCAAAGAUGAUAUCUUGAAAGAAGCUGAGGAAGGAUGGUGUGAUAGUAAAGGAACAUUGGAAGAUGUUAAAGCAAAGCUACAAAUGAGACAUGAAGGAGCUUUCAAGAGAGAAAGAGCAAUUGCAUACUCUCUUGCUCAAAAGCAAUGGAGGUCAAACCCCAGUUCGAAUACUCGAAGCAACGGCUCUGUGUCCUCUUUCAAGAAUAAUGAAUUUGAUAAGAAUAGUUGGGGAUGGAGUUGGCUAGAACGUUGGAUGGCAGCCAAGCCAUGGGAGACUAGACUGAUGGAGCAAUCUCACGUUGACCAGUCUGAAAUAACUCCACCACCAAAGUCCUGUGCAGACUCACUUGCAAGCAAAAAUUCAAAAUCUUCUGAACAAAGCUUUGUGAAAGUCAGAAAGAAUAAUGUUUCCACAAGGAUUUCUGCAAAACCUCCAAUUGGGCAAGUUACUCGUUCAUCAUCAAGCCCGAGUUCUGAAUUUCGCUAUGAUGAGAGCUCUGCUUCAUCUUCAAUUUGUACUUCUGCAACACCAAUUUCAGGAAACACUGGCUUGGCCUCAGAUAGAACAGAGGAGAGUGGUAAUAGCAAGCCAAACUAUAUGAACUUGACCGAGUCAACCAAGGCAAAGCGAAAAACAACCAAUCAUUUGUCUCACAGAAUUCAAAGGCAAUCCAUGGAUGAGUUUCAGUUUCUGAAAAGAUCAGCUGCAUUCUCUAAUGAAGAUUCAAAAAGCAGUGCUGGUUCUGAUCAUCCUUCAAUUAAUUUGUCUAAGCCACUUUGCCUGCCAACAAGACUGGAUAAGAACUCAAUGAAGCAAUUAAGGGGAACAGACAAUCCCCUUGUAUGAUUAGAUGGAUAAGGCUGUGUUUCAGGAAGUUCAACGGCUUGUUGUUCUCUUCUGAGAAUGUGUAUUAAUUAGGGGAGCUUUUGCAAUUGCGCAAUUAGUAAGCUGUAAUCAGAACAGAUCAAUUAGUUCUUCAGUUUGUGUUUUGAGCGCUAUCAAAAUUUGCAAAGUAUUUUUAUUCAUGGCUUGUGUA